AUGUUUAUGUUAAGGAAAUUGAUUAAAAACCGACCAACCAAUCGUUUGUGCUUAGUAAGCUAUAUUUGUUUUUAAAUUUGAAUUUUUACUUGAACCGAUAGCUGUACUCAUUUAAUUAUUUUAGACCAACCAACGGGACCUGAAUGUUGCCAUUAUUGGACAAAGUACUUUUGCUGCCGAAGUUUACAAAUUAUUAUUGAAAAACGGUCACCGUGUAGUUGGCGUGUUCACCGUAUUAGACAAAAACAAUCGACAAGAUCCAUUAGGUAACAAUAAUUUCUCUUGUAAUAUUUAAUUUCAAAAAUAUAAUAAAGCGUUCAUUUCGCCUAUUCAUUUGAUUUCCAGUAAUUACAUAUUUAAGCAUUCAAAUUUGUUUUUAAUGGGUAAUUAUAUUUGUAUUUUUGUAUGUAAUUAAGUAUUUACGUUACCUCAAUCUCAUCUGAAAUCCUAGCUGUUGGAAAAGUUAAAUUCAUAUAACUCUUUUUAAAAUUGAAUUAAUCGCAGUGAAACUAGUAAAUGUAUAAUUUAUUUUUUAUAUACUUAUCCAUCUACAAAUCAUAUUAACUUUGAUACAUUGUAAUUAUUACUCAAAGUUGAACUUUGGAUCCAUAAUCUGUGUACCUAUAAAGCCAAAAUACACAUUUUAAUUUAAUAAAGUUACAAUUUAUGUAAAUAUAAUUUUAAAAGUAUAGUAAUACAUUUUGAUCAUUAUGUCAUUUUAUUUUCUUAUAUUUUCUUAUCUUCUUAUUAUUUAUUUUAUUUCAAUUAUUUUCGAUCAUUUUGAAAACAUAAUGAUCAUUAAUUUAAUAUAAUUUUAUGAAGAAAUAUUAGUGUUUUAAAUCUAACAAAACGAAUCUUGAAAAAAAAAAAAAAACAAUAAUAAUAUAUGUCUUAUCUACACAUUAACAGAUAAUAUUUAAAAUAAAAUUACAUUUAAUUUUAUUAUUGAAUGCUAAUUUGAACUUAUUAUCUGAGCAUGUUAAUUGAUCUAGUAUUUAUAUACUAAAAUUAAAACGUGACGUAAAGAUCAGAUUUGUGUGAACUUGUUUCUUUUGCCUCGAUGUAGGGAUAGCGGUGUAAACAUUUUUAAAUUUUUCAUUUGAUAAAAUGAUAAUAAAUUAUCCUAAUAAUAUAUUAGGAUAUAAAAAAGUAUUAUUUCCUGGUUAUUUAAAUGAAUGUCUUUUGAAAAUUAUUAUGAUCAUAAUUUUUUUCAAUAUUUUAACCAAAUUUAAUAAACAAUAACAAAUUUGUAACAGUAUUAAAAAAUAAUGAAUAAAAAACGUAAUAAUAUGAAAUAAUUUAAAUUUUUUUUUUUUUUUAGCGGCUGUUGCAUCAGAAAAUGACACUCCCGUGUUUAAGAUCAAAUCAUGGCGUAAAGGUGAAAAUGCAUUACCUGAAAUUGUAGCACAGUACAAAAAAGUCGAUGCUGAACUCAACGUUCUACCAUUUUGUUCACAGUUUAUUCCCAUGGAGGUUAUCGAACAUCCAAAACACAAAAGCAUAUGUUAUCAUCCUUCGAUUUUACCAAAACACAGAGGAGUUAGCGCUAUAAACUGGUAAGUAAUGAAAGUUAUAAUAUUUAUUUAUAAUUUAUAUUAUAUUAUUAUUGUAGGACAUUAAUGAACGGAGAUAAAGAAGCGGGAUUUUCUAUUUUUUGGGCCGACGAUGGACUUGACACUGGGCCAAUACUGUUGCAAAAGUCAUGCCCAGUCUUACAAGAUGACACUGUUGAUUCUUUAUACAAUCGGUUUUUAUAUCCAGAAGGCAUAAAAUCUAUGGUAAUUAUUAAUUUCUAGUGUUGUUACAAACUCUAAUUUUUAAGGUAGAACCAAACUGAACUUUUAAAUACUUGCAUAUUCUUUAUAGUUUAUAUUCAUUAUAAUUAAUCUCACUUAGUGUACUAUCAUUCUCUAAAAUUAUAAUAGUUAUUAUUAAAUUAGGCUGAAGCUGUUAAUAUGGUUGCCAAUGGAACAGCUCCUGUUAUACCUCAGUCUACAGAAGGAUCUUCAUUUGAACCAUCUGUACGGAAAAAGACUUUACAAAAAGUAUGUAGAAAUCUUUUAGUAUUGAAACUUGAAUGACCAUCAUAAUAUUUGAUAAUUCAUUUUAGAUAGAUUGGUCUAAAACAGGUGAAGACAUUCAAAACUUUAUCAGAGGGUUGGACAGUUCGCCGGGCGCUUGGACUACUAUUGAUGGAAUUGAAGUUAAACUAUACCAAUCGUCUAUUUGGACUAAUAAAACACCUACAGGUGAACAAAUAAACAUUGAUUCUCUACAGAUUCCAGCUAUUGUUCACGAUAAUGGUCUAUUGAUUACUUGCAAUGAUGGGUUAAAAGUAAAUACAAUACUAUUAAUUGUAACUAGUAUAUAGAUUUUUGAUUUUUUUUUUUUUUUUUUUUAAGUUUGUUUUUCAAAUUAGUCCUAAAUUAUACAAAAAAUAUGUAUCUCAAGCUCCUCAAGCUAAAUUUCCUAUUACAUAGAAAACAAAAUAUGACAAUUAUUAAAAUAUAAAAUCCUAUUUAAACCAGAUAUAUUUUUGAUGCAUUAAUGCUCUUGCUCUAAUCACUAAAAUAAAAAAAAAAAAAAAUGAUGUAAUAAUUCCACUAUAAACUUGGCAAUUGAAUAUUUUUAAUUUUUAAAUUGGUUGCAUUAGCUGAACAUCCAAAGAUUAUCUGUGGACGGUAAAAUGAUAGCUGCAUCAAAUUACGGUAAAGCAGAUACCGUUCAAGAAAUUAUUGAGUACACGGAUGAAGAGAAAGCAUUAAUUCUAGUUGUAGAAACUAUUUGGAAAAACAUUCUCAACAUGGACAUUGAAAAAGAAUCACACUUUUUCCAAUCUGGAGCUGGUUCUAUGGAUGUGGUCAGGUACUAACAUAAAAAUAGGUAUUGCUAUUAUUUCUUUCUUGUUCUUAAUAAGCGCUGAAUUUCUAUGAUAAUGGCAUAGGUUAAUUGAAGAAAUUAAAGAUAAACUGAAAUUGAUUUUAAAGAACGACGAUGUAUACAUGUCUCCUGUUUUUUCCAACUUCUGUAAUACUUUGGUGAAAAAAUCAAGAGGGAUAACUGAAGACAACACUCAUGUAGAAUAUGACCCAGUUAUAGUUGAAGUCAAUAAUAUGAAAUUGCAAUUUGCAAAACAAUUAUUCAUAAAUGGUAAUUUUGUGAACUCAGAGUCUGGAAAUACCAUGGAAUGCAUCAACCCUGCCAAUGAAUCUGUUAUUUGUUCAGUAAGAUUUUGUUGUAUAAGUAGUAGUUACUAAAUUAGUAUUAAAAUAUUUUAUAGUAAAAUCAAAUUCAAAACGAAUGAAUUAAUUCAUUUUAUUGUUAAACUAUUGUUUAACUUUAGAUUCAGUGUGCAUCGGAAGCUGAUGUAGAUCAUGCAGUUAAAGCAGCAAGUAGGGCUUUUGAAGGAGAAUGGUCUGAAAUGAGUCCUAGAGAUCGUGGAGCUAUUAUGUAUAAAAUUGCUGAUUUAUUAGAUGAAAACAGGGAAGAAUUGGCAACAUUAGAGUCUAUUGAUUCCGGUGCAGUGUACACGUUGGCACUAAAAACCCAUAUUGGUAUGUCAAUUGAUGUUUGGAGAUAUUUUGCUGGCUGGGCAGAUAAGAUUCAUGGACAAACAGUGCCGAUAUCGCAUGCCAGGCCCAAUAGAAAUUUAACGUUUACGAAAAAAGAACCAAUCGGGUAUGGUAAUUAAAAACAAUAAAUUUAAAAGAUAAUUCAUUUUUUUUUAAAACCGUUUUGUUUAAUAAUAGUGUUUGUGGUAUUAUCACUCCAUGGAACUAUCCAUUAAUGAUGUUGUCCUGGAAGAUGGCAGCUUGUUUGGCUGCAGGCAAUACAGUAGUAAUGAAACCAACAGAAUUAUCACCUCUUACUGCUCUAAAAUUUGCUGAACUAUCUGUUAAGGCUGGUUUUCCAGCUGGAGUCAUAAACAUUUUACCUGGACUUGGUAAUUUAACUAAAUUUAUGUGAUCUUUAAGGUUUAGGUUUUUUACUAUUUACAAUUAACAUAAUUCAAUCUUAUGUAUAUUGUAUCUUCAGUAAUUUGUUGUGUAGAUUAUGUUUUACAUAAUUAUAUAAAUUGUAUAAUAACUAGGACAGACAGAAAAAAAAAAUCAACAUUAAAUUCUAAACAAAUUUCUAAAAUAUACUUUAAAAAUCCUAAAACACAAAGAUAUGCAAAAUACAAUCUUGUAUAUAGGCUCGAUGAAACACAUUUUGAUAUUCUUUAACUAUUUUUUUAACCCAUCAAUAUAAAUAUGUAAGUGCAUACAAAUAUAAGUCUUAAUAAUAAACAAUAUCAUAUUAGGUAUCGAGACUGGAAGAGCAAUAGCUGAACAUCCUGAUAUAAGGAAAGUGGGAUUCACUGGAAGUACUGCAACAGGCCAUACAAUCAUGAAAGCAUCGUCAGAGUCGAAUCUCAAAAAAGUGUCGUUAGAACUUGGUGGAAAAUCCCCUUUGGUUAUAUUUGAUGACUGUGAUUUGGAAAAGUCUGUUAGAAUGGUAUGAGUAAUCACAAAUAUGUAUUACAUGGCAAAUAGUUUACAUUGAUUUAUUGUUAUGUAGAGCAUGGGAGGGGUGUUUUUCAACAAAGGAGAAAAUUGUAUUGCCGCAGGUAGAGUGUUUGUUGAAUCUAGCAUACACGACCAGUUUGUUGAAAGAGUUGUUGAAGAAGUUAAAAAAAUUGUGAGUAAUUCUCAUUAGAACUCUUAUAUCUUACUAAAAUUAUACACACUGAUUUUUAUUGAACUGAGGAUUGAUAAAACUGCUGUAUUUUGUUUGAUUUUAGAAAAUUGGGAAUCCAUUAGAUCGAGACACUCAUCAUGGACCACAAAAUCACAAAGCUCAUUUGAACAAAUUAAUUAACUACUGUAAGAAAGCCAAAGAUGAAGGAGCCGUGUUGAAAAUUGGAGGAAAACGACUUGAUCAGCCUGGUUACUAUUUUGAACCUACAGUUUUCACUGAUGUUGAAGAUCACAUGUUUAUUGCUCAAGAAGAAGCAUUUGGGCCAAUCAUGGCUAUAUCUAAAUUUAGUAGCAGGUGAAAAAUAUUAUUUGUAUACACUAAAUAAUCAAAAUAUAAUAAAAUAAUUUAUUAAUGUAAUACAUUCUAUAAAUAAAACUCGAAAUAUUUAUAGUAUACAUGUCUAUUAGUAACCUAGAUGCUGUUAUUAAACGAGCCAAUUCAACAGAAUAUGGUCUGUCUUCAGGCAUAUUCACAAAAGAUAUUGGCAAGGCAUUGAGAUUUGCUGAGAAAAUUGAUGCUGGCACUGUGUUUAUAAACACUUACAAUAAAACUGAUGUGGCUGCACCUUUUGGUGGUUUCAAGAGGUCUGGAUUCGGCAAAGAUUUAGGUAUAAUAUCCUUUAUUUAUAUUAGUUUAAUUAAAUUAUUAUCAAAUUAUCCAAUAUACAAUUAGGUGAAGAAGCUUUAAACGAGUACUUAAAAAUCAAAUGCAUAACGGUGGAAUAUUAA